AUGUCUUACCGCAACGAUUCCGACAGCUACGGCAGUGGCAACCAGAGCUCCGGCUACGGUGGCAAUGACUCCUCUAGCUACGGCAACAACAACGAUUCCUCCAGCUACGGCGGCAACAGGUCUAGCUCUGGUCGUGACCAGGAUAGCUACGGCAGCAACAACGACUCCUCCAGCUACGGCGGCAACAACGACUCUUCCAGCUAUGGCAGCGGAAACAAGUCCAGCUCUGGUCGCGACCAGGAUAGCUACGGCAGCAACAACAACUCUUCCAGCUACGGUAACGACAACGACUCUUCCAGCUACGGUGGCAACUCUAGCUCCAAGAAGGACAGCUACGGUAGCAACAACAACUCCUCCAGCUACGGCAAUGACAACGACUCUUCCAGCUACGGUAACAACUCCAGCUCUAAGAAGGACAGCUACGGUAGCAACAACGACUCUUCCAGCUACGGUGGCAACAAGUCCAGCUCUGGUCGCGACCAGGACAGCUACGGCAGCAGCAACAACAACUCUUCCAGCUACGGUAACGACAACGACUCUUCCAGCUACGGUGGCAACUCUAGCUCCAAGAAGGACAGCUACGGUAGCAACAACAACUCUUCCAGCUACGGCAACGACAACGACUCUUCUAGCUACGGUGGCAACUCUGGCUCCAAGAAGGACAGCUACGGUAGCAACAACAACUCUUCCAGCUACGGCAACGACAACGACUCUUCUAGCUACGGUGGCAACUCUGGCUCCAAGAAGGACAGCUACGGUAGCAACAACAACUCCUCCAGCUACGGCAACGACAACGACUCUUCCAGCUACGGUGGCAACUCUAGCUCCAAGAAGGACAGCUAUGGUAGCAACAACAACUCCUCCAGCUACGGUAACGACAACGAUUCCUCCAGCUACGGCAGCGGAAACAAGUCCAGCUCUGGUCGCAACCAGGAUAGCUACGGCAGCAACAACAACUCCUCCAGCUACGGUAACGACAACAACUCCUCCAGCUACGGCAACGACAACGAUUCCUCCAGCUACGGCAGCGGAAACAAGUCUAGCUCUGGUCGCAACCAGGAUAGCUACGGCAGCAGCAACAAUGACUCCUCCAGCGGUAGCCUUGGUAGCAAGAUCCUGGACAAGGCUCAAGAUUACCUGAACAAGGACAACUACUAA